AAAACAGCCAGAAAACUUUGUUUCAUUUUUAAUUAAUGACCAGUUGUCCUUUAGUGGUCACAUUGCGGCAUGGUCAUGCAGAUAUGCCUAAUACAACAUCAGGAAGAUCAGGCCCUAACUUACGGAGCUUGGUGCACAACUCCUGCACAAUGCUCACCUUGCUGGUCUUCCUAGCCACUGGUUCAGAACACUGAUGCUUGACUCAUGUCAUUUCAGAGAAAUUGUUUCUAAUUGUUUCUAAACACAUAAUAAAUGUUAGAAAUGUGAUAUUUCAAAGUUAAAAGAGACGGCAGCUUUAAUUCAUGUUGCAUUUUUUUACAGUGUACCAAAGACAGGUCUAGGUAUAACACCGACCACAAUGACCACUUUGAUGUUUCAGUGUUUUUACUUUGGUUUCAGUAUUAAUUAAGACUCCUAAACCAUACUUUUCUAUUUCAUACAGCAAAUCUGACUGGAUGAGAGAGAAUUCAGGUGGGCUGAUAAUGUAUCUGAUCUGCACCGAGACGCUUUACUCUACUGUAUGACUGCACAACCUUUGAAACGAUAUCAUGGCAAAGUCAUCAAUGUCUCCAGUCGGUGUGUCUCAGACUCAGCAUACAGAAUGUUCCACAAACAACAUACCCAAAGAAACAGGUGAAUUAUUAAAGACCUCUACAUCUGAAGGACCUACCAAUGACAUUGAGACCCUGACCGUCAGCGUUCAAGAAAACGGUGAUAAUAAUUCAAGUGUACAGAAAUGGUCACAGGCUUUAAUAUUAGGGGACCAGGAUGACAUUAAGUGCAAAAAACGAUGUGAAGCAAGUUUUGCCCCCCGUUUGUGUAAGCCCCGGCCUUUUGAUAAAAGCUGCCCAACAUUUGAAUAUACACAAAAUGAAAUCCUUCCUCCUGAGACCGGUCCAAGCAAUCUGAUUGAUCCCGUGCAUGAGUACAAGCUUAUGGCAAACACCAAGAAUGUUUCAGAAGACGAUGUCCUAAAAAAAUUCACAAGUGAAGUCUUCCGGUUUAGUGCAGGAUGCAUAAAUUCUCGAACAAAUGGGACUAUCCAUUUUGGAGUUGGGGACGAGCCACUGUACAAACAUGGACAAAUUAUUGGAUUAGAGAUGACAUCACCAAAGAAAUAUAUAGAUGAAUUUGAUAAGUGUAUCAAGCUGUACUUUACAAAUCACACUGGUAUUGUACAGAGAUGCGUUAGGCCCCCUCAGUUCUUUAGGGUAAAAUGUCCAGACAACAUUAAUGUGGACAAAUGGGUCAUUGAGGUUGAUGUUGUUCCAAUGUAUGAACUAACUCUGGACAAAAGGUUUUACACUCCAUUUGACAAGAAGGGGAGGAAGUCAAAAACCCUUUUCAUUCGUGAUGGUGCAAACACCAUUGAUUAUAUGCAAGGCAAAAAUCCAAAAAGAACAAGGCAGAAUGAAAAGGAUUUAAAAAAUGAUGUGAAAUUAUGGGCUUUGUCUAGAAAAAUUGCAGAAAAGAAGUAGAGGCAGAUCUUAGGCACAACAAUAGGUCUAAAGUAAUAGCCCAACAAGACAUAGGACAGGUUUAACUCGAGGGGCAACCUUUCGAUCUCUCUGAUGAUGCCAAUACGGAAGUGACUUAAAGUGCAAUUCAUCGACUGACCACUUGAGGCUGGCUCCAAAAGGGAGUUAAUAUUUACCUCCAUGUUAAAACGCCCAACUUUACAGUAGAAAAUAAAAUGUUUACAGUCUGGUACAAAAGGUGUUUUUGGUCUGUAUAGCAAAUUUUGCCCUUCUUGACAACUGUGAGGGGGGGGGGGGGUUGUAACUCAUUUGUUUAAAUUAUAUUAAGCCUUAAAAUUCUGCAUAAUUAAGGGCUUGGCCACUUAAGCGAGGGGUGAACUGCCACUGUUGUCACUACUGUCGAGCUAGGCAGGGGUGGUUCAGCAACCAGCCCCCUCAGGUUCACCCAUGUCCCGCCUCUUUACCCAUUUUCGGUUAUCCGCAAGUGAUUCACCGUGAUGCGUGGCCAAGAUGGUGACGGCAGACGACGCCUACUUUAAGCUUCUAAAACGAUCUUCACAAACCAAUGUGUGAUGUCAUGGACACUACGUCCGUAUUUUUUUACAAUCUAUGGUU